AUGGAAUCCGAAUUUCAAAACAAGAGUGAUAGUGAGGAGGUAUUUCAUUCUUUUUCAAAAGAUCUUGAACAAUAUGAGGAGAAAUCUAAACCAAACCUAGAAGAAACAGAAGUUGUUAACAUUGGCACUGAGACUGAGGUUAAGGAGAUACAAAUUAGCAUUCAUUUGAACAAAAAGCAGAAAGAGGAGAUGAUCGAAUUUUUGUCUAUGUUUCAAGAUGUGUUUGCAUGGCUUUAUGACGAUAUGACUGGCAUUUCGACUGAUGUAGUGGUGCACAGAUUACCCACAAACCCAGCUUUUCCACCAGUGAAGCAAAAACCCCUCCCUGUUCUGAAGAAAAAUGGAGAAGUGCGAGUCUGUGUUGAUUAUAGGGACCUUAAUAAGGCCAGCCCUAAAGAUGACUUUUCGUUGCCAAAUAUCCAUAUCAUUCUAGACAACACUGCCGGACAUGAAAUUGAAUCUUUUUGUGAUUGUUUUGCUGGAUAUCAUCAGAUCUUAAUGGCUGAAGAGGAUAGAGAAAACACUGUUUUUAUUACCCCUUGGGGCACAUUUUGCUAUCGAGUAAUGCCGUUUGGUUUAAAGAAUGCCGGAGCUACCUAUCAAAGAACUAUGACUACUUUGUUUCACGAUAUGAUCCACAAGGAGAUGGAGAUCUACUUAAAUCCUGCAAAGUGCGCCUUUGGCGCACCAGCUGAUAAAUUGUUAGGCUUCAUUGUCAGCAAAAAGGGCAUAGAGAUAGAUCCGGUGAAGAUCAAGGCAAUUCGAGACAUGCCAGUGCCAAAAACGCAGAAAGAUCCUCCGGUCCUAGAGCAACCCAAACGGGGCCGGCCUUUGAUCAUGUACUUAUCUGUGCUCGACGGAGCAGUAGGAUGUGUUCUGGGGCAGCACGAUGACUCGGGAAGGAAAGAGCAAGCCAUCUACUAUCUUAGCAAGAAAUUCACGCAGUAUGAGGCUAAUUAUUCAUUUAUUGAGAAAAGCUGCUGUGCUCUGGCCUGGGCAGCUCAAAAAUUAAGGCACUACCUACUAAGUCACACCACCUAUCUCAUCUCCCGCUCCGAUCCUCUGAAAUACCUCUUGGAGAAGCCAAUGCCAACUGGGCGUCUGGCCAAAUGGCAGAUGAUUCUUUCAGAGUUUGAUAUUGUUUUCACUUCACAAAAGGCCGUCAAGGGACAAGCUAUAGCCGGUCAUUUGGCAGAAAAUCCAAAGGAUGAUGAUUAUCAACCGCUCCAUACCUAUUUCCCUGAUGAAAAGGUUUUAUUUGUUGGUGCCGUAGAAUAUAUGAGUGAGCGGUGCCCUGAAUGGAGAUUAUUUUUCGAUGGUGCAGCUAAUUCUUUUGGAGUCGGAAUAGGAGCAGUUCUUGUAUCCCCGGAAGUGAAGCAUUAUCCCAGAGCCACUAAAUUGCAAUUCGCCUGCACAAACUAUAUGGCCGAAUAUGAAGCCUAUAUUUUUGGUCUUAAAAUGGCUUUGGAAAUGGAAGUUAAAGAGUUGAUAGCCUUCAGUGAUUCAGAUUUACUUAUGCACCAAACGUUGAAGCAAUGGAUAACCAAAGAUUCAAAGAUCUUGCCAUACCAUUAUUUGAACCUCUUAAGGUGCAUCGAUGAAGAUGAAGCUCAAUACAUGAUAAAAGAGGUGCAUAGCGGUGUCUGCGGACCUCACAUGAAUGGACAUUUGUUGGCGAAGAAAAUUAUGAGAAUCGGGUAUUUUUGGCUUUCUAUGGAACGUGAUUGCAUAGACUUUGUCCGGAGAUGUAUUAAAUGUCAAGUGCAUGGCGACGUAAUACGCGCUCCUCUCACCGAAUUGCACAGUAUGAUUGCCCCAUGGCCCUGCUCGAUGUGGGGUAUGGAUGUGAUUGGCACAAUUGACCCUCCUGCUUCAAAUGGGCAUCGAUUUAUAUUGGUAGCAAUUGAGUACUUCACCAAAUGGGUCGAAGCAGAAUCAUUCAAGCAUGUGACUAAGAAGGUGGUGGCAAAUUUCUUAAGAGAUCACAUCAUAUGCCGAUUUGGGGUGCCAGAAACAUUGAUUACAGACAAUGCCAAGAAUCUUAACAAUGACAUGGUGGACGGGUUAUGCGAACAAUUCAAAAUCAGACAUCGCAACUCUGCCAUCUAUAGACCGCAGAUGAACGGAGCCGUGGAGGCCGCAAACAAGAAUUUGAAGAAGAUCAUUCGCAAAAUAACUGAAAAGCACCGUGAUUGGCAUGAAAAACUUCCUUAUGCACUAAUGGCAUAUCGGACUUCUAUCCGAACAUCGACUGGGGCAACCCUGUACUCACUCAUGUAUGGGAUGGAGGCCGUACUACCAACCGAAGUUGAAAUACCCUCACUGCGUAUUCUCAUGGAGACCAAGUUGGAAGAGGCUGAUUGGAUAAAGCAGCGUUAUGAGCAACUAUCUUUGAUUGAUGAAAAACGGCUUAAUGCUAUUUGUCACGGUCAAUGUUACCAAAAACGCAUGACCCGGGCCUACAACAAGAAAGUCCAUCGGCAUACAUUUGAGGAAGGCGACAAAGUGCUAAAACGAAUUUUGCCAGUACAGGAUGAGGCCAAAGGCAAAUUUGCUCCAAACUGGCAAUGGCCAUUCAUUGUUCAAAAGAAGUCACGCAAGUGA